CUGUUAUCGACGGUCAGGAUUCACUCCCGUACAAAGAUAAAUCCAAGUCGUUGGAUGACUCAACCCUAAAGCAAAACCCUAAUUUGACACAACUUGUCUACCUUCCUAAGCCCUCCUUCUGGUGUUGCGAAUUCGAUCUCAUCAGAUCAGAGCUCAGAAGGGAUGGCUGAAGCCCAAGCCAAGCGAGGACCUGUGGUUCCAGAGUCUGUAUUGAAGAAACAAAAGAGGAAUGAGGAAUGGGCUUUAAAGAAGCAGGAAGACCUUGCAGCUCUGAAGAAAAAGAAUGCCGAGAACCGGAAGCUGAUUUGUAACAGGGCCAAGCAAUACUCCGAGGAGUAUGAGGAGCAACAAAGGCAGCUCGUUCAGUUGAAGCGGGAGGCACGACUGAAAGGAGGUUUUUAUGUGAAUCCUGAAGCUAAGCUUUUGUUCAUUGUUCGUAUCCGAGGUAUCAAUGCUAUGCACCCAAAGACAAGAAAGAUAUUGCAGCUCUUGCGUUUGAGACAGAUUUUCAAUGGUGUCUUCCUUAAAGUAAACAAAGCAACAGUGAACAUGCUGCAUAGGGUUGAGCCUUAUGUGACUUACGGAUACCCCAAUUUGAAGAGUGUGAGGGAGUUGAUUUACAAGAGGGGUUAUGGCAAGCUAAAUACACAGCGGAUUGCUUUGACUGACAAUUCAAUCAUUGAGCAGGGUUUGGGAAAAUAUGGAAUUAUCUGCAUUGAAGAUCUUAUCCAUGAGAUCUUGACUGUUGGGCCCAACUUUAAGAAGGCCAAUAACUUCCUUUGGCCAUUCAAACUAAAGGCACCAUUGGGUGGCCUAAAGAAGAAGAGGAACCAUUAUGUUGAAGGGGGUGAUGCCGGAAACCGUGAAGACUACAUCAAUGAGCUCAUCAGGAGAAUGAACUAGAUUUCGGUGUUACCUGCCUGUUUUGAAGUUUGGUUGUUUCUUUUUGCUUCUUAGUGGCAAUAGGAAGAAUCUUAAUUCAGGUUUCUUUCUUUUUAAAGUCGGGAGAGUAUUUGUUUAUUGAAUCACUAGUUUUGACAAUGGUGUUUUACAAUUUUAUUUUACUUAAAUUUUGGGAGCUAUAUCAAUUUGUUUUUGUGGUUUUUUAUC